UUGUAGAACGUGGCUCCUCCCUAAUAACCUCAAAUUGUGCCGCUGCUUGUUUAUGUGUUGUUUUAUUUUGUAAAUUACAAAAGACGAAAUACUUUUCUUUCCGUAAAUGAGAAUAAACAGCUAAAAUGACCACAAAUCCUAGAAAGGGCACUGACCCAGCGCCGAUGGAAGAAAGCGACCAACUAACUAUAAGACCAUUAGGUGCUGGCCAAGAAGUAGGAAGAUCAUGUAUCAUGUUAGAAUUCAAAGGGAAAAAGAUAAUGCUGGACUGCGGGAUUCACCCUGGCCUAUCAGGUAUGGAUGCACUGCCUUUUGUGGAUUUGAUUGAAGCUGAUGAAGUGGACUUGCUGCUGAUAUCACAUUUCCACUUAGACCACAGUGGUGCCCUCCCCUGGUUCCUCACAAAGACAUCAUUCAAGGGCCGGGUGUUCAUGACACAUGCUACCAAAGCCAUUUACAGAUGGCUGGUCUCCGAUUAUAUUAAAGUCAGCAACAUAUCGACGGAGCAGAUGUUGUACACGGAGUCGGACCUGGAGGGCUCCAUGGACCGCAUAGAGACCAUCAACUUCCACGAGGAGAAGGAGGUGCGCGGCGUGCGCUUCUGGGCGUACAACGCGGGCCACGUGCUCGGCGCCGCCAUGUUCAUGAUACAGAUUGCCGGGGUCAAGAUUCUUUACACAGGGGACUUCUCUAGACAAGAAGAUCGUCAUCUAAUGGCGGCUGAGAUUCCUACAGUACAUCCCGACGUCCUUAUCACGGAGUCGACGUACGGCACGCACAUCCACGAGAAGCGCGAGGAGCGCGAGAGCCGCUUCACGGGGCUGGUGAGCGACAUCGUGUCGCGCGGCGGCCGCUGCCUCAUCCCCGUGUUCGCGCUCGGCCGCGCGCAGGAGCUGCUGCUCAUACUCGACGAGUACUGGUCGCUGCACCCCGAGCUGCAGGACAUCCCCAUCUACUACGCGUCGUCGCUCGCCAAGAAGUGCAUGGCGGUCUACCAGACCUACGUCAACGCCAUGAACGACCGCAUCCGCCGCCAGAUCGCCGUCAACAACCCCUUCGUCUUCCGACACAUCUCCAACCUCAAGGGUAUCGACCACUUCGAGGACAUCGGGCCGUGUGUGAUCAUGGCGUCGCCCGGCAUGAUGCAGUCGGGGCUGUCGCGGGAGCUGUUCGAGUCUUGGUGCACCGACCCCAAGAACGGCGUCAUCAUUGCAGGGUACUGCGUGGAGGGCACGCUGGCCAAGACGAUCCUGUCGGAGCCGGAGGAGAUCACCUCCAUGUCCGGCCAGAAGCUGCCGCUCAAGAUGUCCGUAGACUACAUCUCCUUCUCCGCGCACACCGACUACCAGCAGACCUCGGAGUUCAUCAAUAUAUUGAAACCACCGCACGUCGUGUUGGUGCACGGGGAGGCACAGGCACAAGACAAAUUAUACAAAUCUGGACAGCCCGCCGAGACAUAUAGCCCCUGUUCCGUAUAG